UUGAGAUAUUUUUGCAGAUUUGUUAUUAAUGAGCUUCGUAGCAAGAAAAUAUCUCUAGAAGCUGAAAAUUUGGUCGGUGAUGAACUUAUUGACUAUGUCAAUUCUAAUCAAAAAUUAUGGAAAGCAGCGAAGAACAAAUUCAAUUUUUAUGAUGAACACGUGAAGUAUGGUUUAUUAGGUGUAAACCAUGUGAAAUUAUCAGUGGAAGAUAAAAAGAACCUGUCACCGACUCGGUACCUUAAUAUGUACAUUCCGGAAACGUUUGAUGCUCGUCAAGAAUGGCCAGAAUGUCAGUCAAUUCAGAAUAUUCGUGAUCAGUCUUCAUGUGGCUCAUGCUGGGCUUUCGGUGCUGUUGAAGCGAUGUCUGAUCGUAUAUGCAUUGCAUCGAAAGGAAAACUACAAGUAACACUUUCUGCAGAUGAUCUUCUAAGUUGUUGUAGAAGUUGUGGUUUUGGAUGUUACGGUGGUCAGCCAAUGGAAGCUUGGAGAUACUGGGUAUCUCAUGGUAUCGUAACUGGAAGUAAUUAUACACUUCAUGGAGGCUGUCGACCAUAUCCAUUCCCACCAUGUGAACAUCACAGUAAUAAAACCCAUUAUGAACCAUGUAAGCAUGACCUUUAUCCAACACCAAAAUGUAACCGCAAAUGUGACAAAAGCUAUGGAAAAUCAUAUAGUGCUGACAAAUAUUUUGGAAAACGAGCUUAUGCCGUUGAAAGUGACGUAGAAUCAAUUCAGAAAGAAAUUAUGACGAUGGGUCCGGUUGAAGCCGCUUUUGAAGUCCAUUCUGAUUUCUUAAGUUACGAGAGCGGAAUUUACAAGCAUACAGCAGGAAGUUUGGCUGGCGGUCAUGCCGUAAAAAUACUUGGCUGGGGUAUUGAACAAGGAGUUCCUUACUGGUUGGUUGCUAAUUCAUGGAACACUGAUUGGGGGGAAAAUGGUUAUUUCCGUAUUCUUCGUGGCAUAGAUGAAUGCGGUAUUGAAUCAGGCAUCGUUGCUGGAAUACCUAAACGUCAAGUGAAGACAAAGUUUUUUGCUAUAAACGACUUUGUGGUGGAUUAA